UCUUGUAAAAGGGGGCGGGACCAAUAAUAUCGCAUGUCAUCAACAGCAGGGCGCGUUUGUUGUUCUAGCAAGACAUGCAAAGAUGGUGAAAUGACUUGAAAUUCCAACUCGGGUGAAUAUUUUCGGACUCCUAAUUCCGUUCAACCUAAUCGAUCCCAAACAUGCGGCAUUAAACUUGGCGCUGGAAAAGGUGGCGUAUGCGGGUCGUCUGUCUAGGUAGGAGCUGAAGGAAUUCCAGGCACGGGAAGAAGAAGCAAAGCAGAAAUCUGUGCCAAGAUGCUGCGCUCCAACUGGGCCGUAACUCUGCUUAGUCGCUCCAUACGGAGCCGGAAUAGUGUCGCUACUUCGAAUUGUAUUUCUGCUUGACCGAUCGCAAGUUGCGGGAACAGCACGACGGCUGAAUAGUGAAAGUGAGAACAUCCAAGGCUAGUUAGCCACAUAGCUCCACAGCUACUCCUGCGGGAAGACAUUUAAAAUGGCGGAAGGCUGGCCCCUUCCCUCGGUCUUCGUCUUCGUGCUUCUUAAUGCGAUUGCCUGGGGCCUGAAGACGUGUCCGGCUCCUUGCUCGUGCACCACGGGACCGGACCGGUUCCGAGUUUUGGACUGCAACAGGAGACGGCUCUCGACGGCUCCCUUGGAGCCACUGGAGGGGAUAAAUCAAGUCUCAAUGAACCACAAUGAAGUAACAGCCCUGCCCUUCUUUGGAGAAGCCACCGCCAACAUCACCUCACUGUCACUAGUGCACAACCGCAUCUCUGAGCUCUUGGUGCAUCAACUGCUGCCGUACGAGUCACUGGAGACGCUGGACCUGACAUCCAACUCCCUUUCCGAGCUCAGGGCGGGAACCUUCCCCUCCAUGCAGUUAAAAUAUCUAAAUUUGAGUAAUAACAAGAUCAGCGUCCUGGAGCCGGGUUGCUUCGACAACAUCUCCAGCUCUUUGCUGGUAUUGAAACUCAACCGGAACAGAUUGACGGCGCUACCGGCUAAAGUCUUCAAACUUCCCAGUCUGCAGUUUUUGGAAAUGAAGCGUAACAGGAUCCGAAUUGUGGACAGCCUGACAUUCAAAGAGAUGGACGCGCUCCAGUCACUAAAGUUGCAACGGAACGGCAUCACCAAGCUCAUGGACGGCGCCUUUUUUGGACUCAUCAGCAUGGAGGAACUAGAGCUCGAGCACAACAACCUAACAGAGGUGAACAAAGGUUGGCUGUACGGCCUGCGGAUGCUGCGGAUCCUGCGAGUGAGCCAGAACGCCGUGAGCAUCAUCCGACCAGACGCCUGGGAGUUUUGCCAAAAGCUGGAGGAGCUAGACCUUUCCUCCAACCACCUGACCAGACUGGAGGACACCGCUUUUGUGGGCUUAGGUCUUCUGGAGAGCCUGAACCUUGGCGAGAACUCCAUUAGCCACGUGGAAGAGCGGGUCUUCAGUAGUCUGGCCAAUCUGCGCACAUUAGACAUCCACAAUAAUGAAAUUUCUUGGGCCAUUGAGGACUCCAUCUGCUUGUUUGACGGCAUGAAAAAGCUGAACACAUUAAUAUUACAGCGGAACAAAAUCAAGUCAAUAACCAAGAAAGCCUUCGAGGGUCUGGAUGAGUUGGAGCACCUGGACCUCGGAAGUAAUGACAUCAUGUCAAUACAUCCUGAGGCACUGCAACAUACAAAGCUCAAAGUGUUCAUCCUCAACACAAGCAGCUUGCUGUGCGACUGUCACAUGCAGUGGCUGGGGCCCUGGCUCACCAGCAGCCGCUUUCUUCAUUCCGUCGCCGCCGUUUGCGCCCACCCGGCCGGCUUGCUCGGUCGCAAUGUCCUUUCAGUCCUCCCCGAAGACUUUGUUUGUGACGACUUCCCCAAGCCUCGGAUCACCACUCACCCCGAGACGUCGGUGGCGCUGCGCGGCAACAACGUGACCCUGAGCUGCGUAGCAUUGAGCAGCAGCGACUCGCCAAUGAGCACGGCGUGGCGGAAGGACGGCGAGGUGCUUUACGAUGCCGAGGUCCAAAACUACGGCCGGUACCAGGACGGCGAGCUGAUCUACACCACCGUGCUGCACCUCCUCAACGUCAACUUCACCGACGAGGGACGCUACCAGUGUGUGGUGUCCAACCACUUUGGUGCCAACUACUCCAACAAGGCCAAGCUCACCGUCAACGAGCUACCGUCCUUCCUCAAGACCCCCAUGGAUCUGACCAUCCGCACCGGGACCAUGGCCCGGCUGGAGUGCGCCGCCGAGGGCCACCCUUCGCCGCAAAUCGCGUGGCAGAAGGACGGCGGCACGGAUUUCCCCGCCGCCCGUGAGCGCAGGAUGCACGUCAUGCCGGACGACGACAUCUUCUUCAUCGCCAACGUGAAGGCGGAGGACAUGGGGGUGUACAGCUGCACGGCGCAGAACGCGGCGGGCAGCUUGUCUGCCAACGCCACACUCACCGUCCUGGAAACUCCUUCCUUUCUGCGGCCCCUGGAGGACAGAACAGUGGCGAGAGGUGAAACGGCUGUGCUUCAAUGCAUCGCUGGAGGCAGCCCCGCCCCACGCCUCAACUGGACCAAAGACGACGGCCCCCUGGUGCUCACGGAGCGCCACUUCUUCGCCGCCGCCAACCAGCUCCUGAUCAUAGUCGACGCGGGGCCCAGUGACGCCGGGAAGUACACCUGCCUCAUGUCCAACACGCUGGGAACCGAGCGCGGCCACAUCUACCUGGGCGUCUCGCCAUCGCCCAACUGCGACACCGGCGCCGGGUUCGACCAGGACGGCUGGACCACCGUGGGCAUCGUGGUGAUCGUGGUGGUCUGCUGCGUGGUCGGGACCUCACUGGUGUGGGUCAUCGUCAUCUAUCACAUGCGCAGGAAGAGUGAAGACUAUAGCAUCAGCAACACAGAUGAGAUGAAUUUACCUCCGGACAUUCCCAGCUACCUCUCUUCUCAGGGGACUUUGUCAGAACCGCCGGAAGGCUACAGCAACUCUGAGGCCGGCAGCCACCAGCAGCUCAUGCCUCCUCUCUCCAAUGGACAUGUGCACAAGGGCACCGACAGUGUGUGCUACGGAGACGCAGGCAGCGAGGUGGAAACGGACAGUAACGGACGGCUUCACUGCCGGGCGGGCUCUCUGUUCACAGGCCAUAGCAGCUUCCAGCCCGGGGAGGCUCGUGACGGACCAGCUGGAGCCCCCGCAGGCGCAGCAGCUCCUUUGGUUAUCUGCUCCGACUGCUACGACAACGCCAACGUCUACUCUCGCACGCGGGACUACUGCCCCUACGCCUACCUGAGCGAAGACGACGCACUGGACAAAGAUCUACCGGGCCUCAAGGAAAGCUUUAGUGAGCACGCUCGGCGAGAGGACGUCACCCUGGAGCGCCUCUUGGAGAGGCCAGGCUCACAUACUUCAAUGGGAGACUGUGCAAGUGACUUCCUCGGCAACUCGAUGUGGAGCGAAAGGCAAACCUCCAAGCCCCAUGCGGGCCGGACAUUUCCACCGCCGGGCGAUGCGGCGGCGAGCACGCCCCCUGACAGACUCCCUCCCAAAAGGACUAAGCCUCAGGACCAUCCAGCACCCACCUAAACCUGGUGCCCACUGGUGUCCACAUGCCUUUCUGCACCCACUACCUCCUUCAACACUCUGCCAAAGAUUCUCUCAGAGUGUUUUUGCAUUGCUCUACUCUCACUGAACAAAAGUCGACCUCCAGCCGUCGCUCCUGAGGACGUCGUGAAUGUAAAAUUUGGAGGGACUUUUUUUUUUUUCUUCCGUUGUGCGGAGCGUGACGGAGCAUCGUUGAGAUAUUGAGCGAAGACUGCGAGGGGACAGUGACGCCACUGUGCUGCGUAUUACAUAUGAAUAUAACCUCAGCCUUACCGCCGUCAGCCAGCCUUCCUCUUCAAGCAGUUUACCGAGUGAGGGCCCCUUUUUUUUUUUUAUUUCAUGUGACAAUCAUGUUUUUUAUUAAUAUUAGUGUCACCUCCAUGGAGAGAACACGCGCACUGAUCCGUUUUCCCUUCACCGCUCACAGGCACUUAAUUUAACCGUGAUCUUUUAUUAUGACUGAACUCACCGUCCUCCCAUUGGCACUGUGAAAAAAAACAAGUGUAGAAUGUAUUCUUUUAUACUUGUAUGUACAGGCUAGUCAUCUGCUAUUAUAUUUGACACUUUGUCUCUAAUCUAAAACUGGUUUGGUACCCAGGAAGUUUCUUGGGAGGAAUCCAGUGGAGCCCCAAUAGUUCAAAACUCUUCUGCUAUAAAUAUUCAAAAGACAUUCUGGUGGAAAUUUCAUCAUAUUUGUUGUGGUCUAGCAUCAAAUUGUCCAACUGGACUUCAAUAUGCAAUGCUUGUAAUAUCAUUUUGAAUAUUUCUCAUGAUUUUGCUCAAUAGGCCAAAGGUAUCAGAAAACAAGUCUUUGCUAAAAAUAUUUGUUCUUCUUUUCCAAAAUCCUCAAAUUCUAGGCACCCAUAUGAGUAGGCCAGUGAAGCAUAAAAAGAAGUUAAUGGCUGUUCACUUUGAGGAGGCUCCACUGCGCUCUCACUUUAUCUGUAAUUAGUGGAAAGCAGCAGGCAGAACUGAAAUGAUGUCACCUUUUUGCACUUGGAUUUUUGCUCCUCCGUUGUCGACAUUGCACACAUUCCUCGUUUUGCCGCAAAAUGGUACUGUUGUUUAAAAUGGAGACCCUGGAAUCUUACAGUGGUACAUUGAGGACCCUCCGCCCCAAACUCUGUCACUUGUUUAUGGAAGCGGUCAAACAACCGAGGCCUUAUGUCGAUUUACAUUUUUGGUUGUUUUGCUAUUAUUAUGUUUACUUUUUUUUUUUUUAAUUAUUAUUCUGAAUCUACACAUUCCUGAUUUCCCUUUGGAUCCUUUCAUGACCAUGUGACAUACAUUACAUUAUUAUUGCAAUCGGAGUGCCACUUUGUUUCCUCAAUACCAAAGUUUACUAGUACAGUAAAAACAAAAAAAGCUCUGUCAAUCUUCCGUGCUUUUAAGUUUAUUUCCGAUUCUAUUUUUGGACCAUGUACAUUGUAUAAAGCAUGUUUAAUCAAAUAUGAAAAGAAAAUGAAUUUUUGUUACAUAGCUAUUAUUAUAGACAAUAAAAACGAAUUGUGUUCUACACAAUA